AUGAGGUGCAUUGCUCAUAUUAUCAAUUUGGUAGUAGUGGACGGUAUAAAUGAGAUCAAGUAUUCCAUUAAGAAGAUUCGUCAUGCGGUUCGAUUUGUGAAACAAUCUCCGGCUAGAUUGGCAAAAUUUCGAGAAUGUUGUGAUGAUGAAGGUAUUUUAAGUAAAAGCUUGUUAUGCUUAGAUGUGAGCACUAGGUGGAACUCCACUUACUUGAUGUUAAAUGUUGCACAAAAGUUUGAGAGGGCAUUUGAGAGGUAUGAAAUCAAAGAUCCUUACUUUAAACUAGAGCUCAAGCAUGGACCACCGUCAUUUGUUGAUUGGGAGCAUGCUAGAAGGAUGGUUGAUAUUUUAUCCCACUUCUACGAGCUAACAUUGAGGAUUUCGGGCACAUCUUAUGUCACCUCGAAUGAAUUUUAUCAUGAAAUUAGUUCGGUGAAUUGUUUGUUAAGAGAAUGGAUUGCUAGUGAUGAUCUUGAUAUCAAAGCAAUGGGUGAAAAAAUGAAAUCCAAAUACAAUAAAUAUUGGGGGGAUCCAAAAAAUAUGAACCAUCUUAUUUAUGUGGCGGUUUUUGUUGAUCCUCGCUACAAGUUGGAGUUCCUUGAAAGCAUGAAAGCCGGUGGCAGUCCCUUCCGGAUCGUGAGUGGCGGAGGUCACCGGACAGUGGGCUUCAUCCGAGGGCGGUUGGAACUUGAUAUGUCGGGCACCGGCGAGAAAAUCUGUAUUAUUACAACCAACGUGCAACGACUCGAGUUGGGCGAGAUGCAGACGGCUAAGGGCAGAGAGUGGUGGGGUGUGGUCUUGAGCCAUUGA